CUGCGAAUCGGAGAAGGGCCAGAACAGAAGAGACCAGGACCAGGAGGCCGGAAAGAAGCACUGAAGCUGUGUGAGAGAGCGCCGCGCGCCGGGAAGGAGCCAUGGAACCAGAGAAGGCCGAGGAGGCAGCGAAGCAACCGGUGGAAGCGGAGGCCGGAGACUCCGUGGAUCCCCGCGAACUAGUGUCCAGCGACGACGAAAUCGACUACUCUGUCGAGCCCGAGUUCUACGACCCCGACCUGGAUGACGUCGAUGAGCGGUGGGUGGACAGGCAGAGGAAAGGCCGCACAUCUGACGCCGUGCUCAGCUGCCCCGCCUGUUUCACUACCCUGUGCUUGGAUUGUCAGAGGCAUGAGAAGUAUGUAAACCAGUACCGUGCAAUGUUUGUUCGCAACUGCAAGGUCAAGACUGAUCAGAUACUGCGAGAGGGCAAGAGCAAAAGGAAGAACCGCAAAGGAAGGGCUGCUAAUCCAACUACGGCAUCAGAAGGUGAAAGCAAGGGGCAAGCCUACCACCCUGUUUGCUGCGAUGUCUGCUCAACCGAGGUUGGGGUGUUUGACGAGGAUGAAGUCUACCACUUCUUCAAUGUGAUCCCCAGCAACUCUUGAAUCUUGUGAUGUUAUGUGGAAUAGUUUGUAGACCCAUGUACGCUUCUGUAGUAAGCUGUCGUAUUUACUGUUCCGUAUCGUUGAUCAGCCUGCGGUACAAGUAAAAUCAGGUUGUGUGGAUAGCAUGCAUCUGUACGGUACAUUGAUGUGUGUUUUUUUUGGUUUAUGUAGCAUACGGUUUUGAAGACGAGGAUCUCAGCUUAGCUGUGAUGGCUCUUUCGACCUCUUUGUUCUGAUUGAAUAAUGUGUUCAUGCUUGUUAUAGCAGCAAUUGAUGAUUGUUCGUACAA